UUCCUGUGUCUAAGGAACCAGAACCAAUAGAUUCUGUUGAUGAAGAAGUCAUCGAUGAAGUAAAUCCUGUUGACGAUGAAGUCAUAGAUGAAGUAAAUCCUACUGAAGAAGAAAUCUACCAAAUAGAAGAUGAUGGUUUAACCGAUUCCAUGGUUGACGAAGAGAGUAUUUUUCCUGUGUCUAAGGAACCAGAACCAAUAGAUUCUGUUGAUGAAGAAGUCAUCGAUGAAGUAAAUCCUGUUGACGAUGAAGUCAUAGAUGAAGUAAAUCCUGCUGAAGAAGAAAUCUACCAAAUAGAAGAUGAUGGUUUAACCGAUUCCAUGGUUGACGAAGAGAGUAUUUUUCCUGUGUCUAAGGAACCAGAACCAAUAGAUUCUGUUGAUGAAGAAGUCAUCGAUGAAAUAAAUCCCGCUGAAGAGAGAAUAUAUCAACCAGAAGAGGGUGGUUUAAUCGAUUCUAUGGUUGGCAAAGAUAGUAUAUUUCCUCAGUCAGAGGAACCGGAAUCUAUAGAUCCUGUUGAUGAAGAAGUCAUCGAUGAAGUAAAUCCUGUUGACGAAGAAGUCAUAGAUGAAGUAAAUCCUGCUGAAGAAGAAAUCUACCACAUAGAAGAUGAUGGUUUAACCGAUUCCAUGGAUGACGAAGAGAGUAUUUUUUCUCAGUCUAAUGAACCAGAACCAAUAGAUCUUGUUGACGAAGAAGUCAUAGAUGAAGUGAAUCUUCCUGAAGAAGAAAUCUACCAUCCAGAAGAUGAUGGUUUAAUCAAGCCCAUGGUUGACAAAGAGAUUAUUUUUCUUCAGUCAAAAGAAAUGGCACCAGAAGAUACUGAUGACGAAGAAGUCAGUGAUGAAGUAAAUCGUGGUGAAGAAAAAGUUCACCGACAAGUAAACGAUGAGUUGAUCAAGUUCAUCGUUGGCAAAAAGAAUAUUUUUCCUCAAAUAAAGGAACCGGUCUCUGUGGACUCUGAUGAUGAAGAGGUGGUAGAUAAAAUAAAUCCUGUAAAAGAGGGAAGCUAUCAACAAAAUGUCGGCGAUUUGACCAAUAUCGAGGAACUUCCUUUAGAAAAAGCAGUUGUCAUUGAAGAGAAACCAGAGACUGUACCUGAAAGCGUUCCAAUACAUGAUGAUAUAAUCCCCAUUAACCCCCUUUCAAUCGUUUCGAAGAACAUGGAAUACAAGAAUAUGGUGUAAAUCAUACAUAAAUCGCUCUGAUUUUAACAGUUGUUUUGUACUUGAAACAAUUGUUAAAAUAUUAUUUCAAUCUUCAGGAGCAAACUUUUUGAUAUUACCUUUAUUGUAACAAAAUACACUUGGUAAUGUAUUACAGUAUAAGGAAAACGUUAUUCAGGCAGUUAUCAUCACUAAAAUAAAACUUACAUGUGCGAAAAACACGAUAAUUAACUGCAGAUUGUUACUUAAUACUUAUAAUUGGUUUAUUCUUAAUAGGUUUUGUUUUCGUUAUGUAAUUUUUGUUAUGAUGUUGUUUCAUUUAGCCUUUGUAGAUUCUCAGUGAAUUAAACUAUUACUUUAGCCUUUUUUUA